GUGCCUGCAGCCCCCUAUGGGGAGCCGGGAUUCCCCAGCCGCUCCAGGCUGCGCUGAUAGAGCACAGCACAGGGCACCGCAGAGAGAGUGCAAAGAUAGAAUAUGGGGACCAGGAGCUCAGAUCCAAACCUGAGCACGCCUGCAGCUCACAUCCCAUCCUGGCACCCUCCUGCCCAGCACCAGAGCUGCUGCAGCACCGGCUCCCAGCCCCAGGAUCUCCAACCCAUGGUUCUGCUGGCUGAGCCCAAAGGCUGCAGACAGGACCUGUGCCCUGGAGCACCUCACCGCAGUGCUGCCCACGUCCUGGGGCUUGCAGCAGCUGGGCAAGCAGCAUGGCCCAGUGCAUGUCCACAGCCACACACAUGGUACGCCCAGCUGCACACCAGAAUCUCAGGGACACACAGCAGCAUCCCAUGGAGUCAGGGAGACCAAAGAAGCAUGACUGGAUGCAGAGACACUCAGGACCACCAUCCCUUAGCCAUGCAAGGCGCAGAGUGGUGUGGGGAUGCCAGGGAUGCUGGCACUGGAAGGUCAAGGCCUCGCUGCCCCAUACCGCCGUGCCGCAGUGCUGGUGCUGGCUGGGCUGGUCGGCACGUUAGCAUCUCUCACGACCGUGUGAAUUGGUCUCUGCACACUUCCCAGCACCGGGCAGUGCCAAUUAAGGGCUGGAGGAGUCAGAACUGACACCUCCGCAAAUGGGUCCGGCUUUCCCAGGCUCCCGGCCCAGCCCCAGCCCACACCAUGUAGGUUUUGACACCUCCAGGUGGCCACAGAGGUGUCAUCUCGCACCUUGGGCCCACAUAAAGCCAGGGCUGCCCAAGGACCCCCGGACGUGUGCAGCCCCAGAGCAGAGCCCACCAUGGCCGGGUCCCCACUGCUGCCCCACAGCCUCCAGACCCCAACAGCCGCCUCCCUGACCCCACCUGGGGAGCUCUGCGGACCCAGCAGCGGGGCUGGGCUGAGGCGAUGUGGGGGUCCCGUGGGCAGGAGGGGAUCGGGGGGGGCCGGGGGCCCACGGCAGAGCGCCAGCGAGAGGGAGAAGCUGCGGAUGCGGCGGCUGGCACAGGCCAUGCACCGGCUGCGGCACUACCUGCCGCCCGCGCUGGCGCCCGCCGGGCAGAGCCUCACCAAGAUCGAGACCUUGCGCCUCGCCACCCGCUACAUCGCCCACCUCUCGGCGCUGCUGGGCCUCAAUGAGGAGGUGCUGGUACUGCGCCGGGGGGCGGCCCCCCGCCACUGCCCGCUCUGCCCCCAGGGCCUGGGCUGCUGCCAGACCCCGCGCCCCCGGCUGCAUCCUCCAGCCCUGCAGGAUGCUUCUCCCCCCGGCUCGGAGGGCUGGGGAACCCCCUCAGAGCUGCACGGGGCUCUGGAUGUGGGGACGGGGACCUGGGGGUCACUCCCCAAUGGCCCCGUCUUGGAGACCUGCCCAGAGCUGCACAGGAUUCCUGACAUGGGAAUGGGGCUCUGGUCACCACCCUCCUACAUCCCCAUCGCGGGGACCCCCCCGGAGCUGCACGAGACACCUGGCUCCACAUCACAGCCCUCGCCAUCACCGCUGUGCAGCAUCAGAGCAGUGACCCCGCUGGAGCCCCCCCAGAGAUGCGCAGCAGCCACAGGAACCGGGACAGCCCCCUCCUGCUGCAUGGAGACCACAGCUCCCUCCCUGCAUCCCGGGACGAGAGCAAAGGCCAUGGGGCCCCCAGGACUCCCCACGUGCGGUUCUCAGAUUGGCAGCCCCCUGGACCUGGACAUGCUCAUCUCCUCUGACGUCCACGGGACCCCUGUCCUGCCUGGCUGCAGCCCUGCGCGGUGCUGGGGGUGGUGGAGCUGAUGCGAUGCCCACAGCUGGUGACGCAGAGUGGGGACAGUGCCAUGGGGCACUGUGGGACACUGGGAGGGGCUCCUCAUUAAAGCUGCCAUGCACCACUGCACUUUGCCUCAUUAUUGCGGGGCCCCUGCUCGCUGUGCUCCGACAUGGGAAGGGGCCCUGGGGGGAUGUGGAGCAGCAGUGCUUAGCAUCCACCCCACAUACACACCUCGAUGCGCUGCCCUCAGACUUGGGGCUCGGUGCCCUGUCCCAGUGUGUCCCACAGCGCAGAGAUGUCCCCAGGGCUGCGGUGACAGAGGGACUCCACCUCUGGGCUCCCACAGCCCACCACCUGACCCAGCCCCACUGAUCGCCGGGGGACAGCGCCCACCCACCCACGGAGACUCUUCUCCUUCCUGUGCCCACGAG